AUGCACGACCCACAAGAAGUCGGGAGAAUCCUUCGAAAGAUGGAUUGGCGAAUCCUGCCUUUCCUUGCCGUUCCUUACCUGCUGUCGUACAUGGAUCGCGGUAACAUUGGCAACGCAAAAGUAGCCGGCAUGAAUACCGAUAUGGGAUUGACCGACAAACAAUACAACAUUUGUUUGAUGGUCUUCUUCUUCACCUACAGCCUAUUCGAGGUGCCCAGCAACAUAGUCCUUAAGCUCAUGCCACCUUCACGGUGGAUCGGAAUUAUGAUGCUUGGUUGGGGCACGGCCAUGACGCUGCAAGGACUCGUCCGGCAGUACUCCCACCUGAUUGCUACCCGGCUCGUUCUCGGUCUUUUCGAAGCCGGCCUGUUCCCCGCCGCAACCUAUCUCUUGACCACGUGGUAUUGUAGAUUCGAGCUCCAGACGAGAAUGAGCAUCUUCUUUGCUGCUGCUUCCCUUGCCGGGGCGUUUUCUGGCAUCCUCGCGUUCGCCAUCUCAAAGAUGAAUGGGAUUGGAGGUCUUGAGGGAUGGCGCUGGAUCUUCAUCCUUGAGGGGCUGCUGACCAUUGUGGUUGCUGUCGUCAUUCCAUUCGUGCUUCCCGAUUCUCCUGAAACUGCAAAGUUCCUCAGCGACGAUGAAAAAGCCAUCGUCAUCCAUCGCCUGCGACAUGACUCUGGAACCGAGUCCGGUAUUGUUGGCACCGGCGAGAAGUUUCAGUGGAAGUACUUGAUUGCAGCCAUGCUUGACUGGAAAUUGUACCUAUCCAUUUUUAUAUAUUGGGGUCAUUCGAUUCCUAUAUACGCCUUCACAUUCACAGCUCCCACCAUUAUCCGACAGCUCGGCUACUCUGCUGCAAAUGCCCAGCUGCUCACCAUACCCGUGUACUUCUUCGGGGCGCUUACCACAGUGGUCGUAUCUCGGCUUGCGGAUCGCUAUAAAUGCCGCUGGGUCUUUAUCACAGGUGCAUACGCAGUGUCAACGGUCGCAUUUAUUGGACUGCUCGCGAUACCGCAUCCUCGGCUUCCAGGGCUUACCUAUGCGCUGUUGUUCUUAAUCACAGGCGGUUUGUACCCUGCCAUCAUCGGCUUGAUAGCCUGGAUCGCAAACAACCUUGCGCCUUCCUGGAAAAGAGCGGUGGGCAUGGCAUUCCUGAUGGGAUUUGGCAACCUGGGAGGUGCCGUCUCUUCAAACAUAUUCAUUGCAUCCCAGGCUCCUCAUUACUGGAUCGGCUAUGGGAUGUGCCUCGCGCUGGUCGUGGUCGCAAUCCUGGCCACGGUGGUAAUGCGAGUCACAUUGAGCAAGAUCAAUCGCCAAAGAGAUGCUUUGGACGAAGACGAGAUUCGAGCCAUGUACUCGGAUGCGCAGCUGGUGGAGAUGGGAGACCGCAGUCCACUCGUCAGAUAUGUUCUCUGA